GGAGCAAAAGCAACGUUAUAAAACCUAAGAGACACGUCUGUGGUGGCACCUUGGGAGUACAGUGAAACGACUGAGAGAAGUAAUAAAGGUGUAGAAGGGCAACAAAACCAAACGGUCCAAAGUCCUGUGGAUAUGAGUCAUCGUUCUCGGGCCUCCAGGGUGCGACAGCAUGUCCACUGUGAUUCCUGCUACAGUCGGCGCUGCAGGACUCGGGUGGAGGUCUCUGUGUCCUGUGCCGUCAUCCCCUGCCGUUUGCACUGCGGUGCCCUUUUCCAUCUCUGCAAAGAGGAGGAUCACCUGCUGCUCUGCCCCAAUGUCAGGGUGCCCUGCCUCAACGCUGAGUUCGGCUGCCCAGUCCAGCUACCCCGCUCCUCUCGGGCAGCUCACCUCCAGGUGUGUCCGGCCAGUGUGGUGUCCUGCUCCAUGGAGUGGCUUCGCUGGCUGACCGAUGACACGAACCCACACAACUUCAAAGCCCUGCAGGAUAAUGUGCUGAAGGAAAGAGAGGUGCAGGGAGAGGCUUUGGAACUUGCCAUGGCUCUGGUGGAUCAGUCAGAUCUGUACAGCCGCCUGAAAAUGAAGCCCCUCUACCCAGAGCUGAUGGAAGAAGAAGAGGAGGAAAUACAGGAUGAGAAGAAAGAGGAGACGGCAGUUGGAGGGAUUGUCAACGGUGUCAAAGGAACCAGUGAAGGAGACCACCCUGUAAACAGCUUGUGUGAGAAAAGUGUUGAAGAGGAGGCUGCACAGAACAUUGUGGAACAAGGCUCAGGCCUAAGCAAAGAGAAAUACAACAUGUGUGAGCUGAUGUUCAGCAUGGAGAAACGUGCCUGUGCUGUCACUGAGGCAAACCUAGAAAAUCCCAAACAAAGCCCAAAACCUGGGGAGAAGGCAAACACCAAAACUGUGGAGGAUCCAAAACAGGCCCAGAAGCAGGACAACACAUGUGCAGAAAGCAAAGGUGCAGAGGGAGAUUGUGCGGCUGAGAACUUCCCUCCACCAGACACGAGUAAGACUGGACUGGCCCCGUGGCAGGACGGGGUGCUGGAGCGUCUGGGGAAAGAACUCACCCCACAUGAGUACAACAUGUACGUGGUGCAUCAUGGGCGUAUGCUGGUUGCCUUCGGGCAAAUGGAGGCCUGUACCCCGAGGGACAAAGACUUUGUCUACGGCAGCCUGGAACCAAUUCCAGUGCAGACGCUGCACUCUUUCACGGCCCCUGUGAGCUUUCACUACAAGCGGCGGGUUCAUCUGUACGAUACGGCUUCACGAGCUCAGAGCGAAACUCGAAGUGUGGACACAUCAGACCUCGGAGCAAAUGAAGAGAACGUGUUCGCUAAUGAAGCAGCAGCCACCCUGCUGGGCUACGCUGAGAGGGAGGUCAUGGGUCACAAGAUCAGCGAGUCAAAGGCUGCAGAUGGGCUCUACGUGGACAUUGGAACGCAGACGCACUCGUUCAGCUCGGCUCCGUUUAAAAGAAAGACAACCCUGUCUGAGGUGAUGGUGGACAAACCGCUGGAGCUCCAUCUGCAGCUGCAGGCAGAGAGCGUGAACAGCAGGCACCACAGAGCCAGCAGCGUCUUCACCUUCAUCUGCGGUCACACCUUCCACCGCAGAGAGUUCGCCACACAUUUCAGGAACGUGCACAGUGACAUUCAGACGUGUCUGAGUGGAUGGUUCGAGCAGAGAUGCCCUUUAGCAUAUCUGGGAUGCACCUACAGCCAGAGGAGGUUUCAGCCCUCCACACUUAAAGCCACUGUCACCUAUAAUAAGGAACUGAGGAGUUUCAACUUGCGUCCGACCCUUCCAGCCUCACAAGGUGAUGACUCGUCCAGAGCAGGAGCAGGGGAGGACUCUCUGAGCUCGCUGCCCUACGAGGUGCUCUGCCACAUGGCCAGCUUCCUGGACAGUCAGUCCCUGUCGCAGCUCGCUUUGGUGUCCCAGCUCAUGAGGCAGGUGUGUUCGUCUCUGCUGCAGGACAGAGGGAUGGUGACCCUCCGCUGGGAGAAGGAUGUUGACUCACAUAGACAAGCCAAGUGGAGGGCCAAGCCUGUAUGGGAGUUCAGUCAUCUCUUCUCCUCAGUGGAUUCGUGGCACAUGGCCGACAUCCCUCCAAUAUCUGCUCAUCUAAAAGUCUGUCCUUAUUACGAGGCCUCUGUGCACAGCGAGCGGAUUGCUCUCCCCAGCAUGACUGAGAAACAAGGAGGCAGCCAGGAGAGAGCAAGCCUCGUCAACCACUUCACAGAAAACAGACGGAAGCAAUGAAAAACCCUCUUUAUUAUUCUACCUGUUUAACUUGAUGCAACUCAUUUAUGGCCAGAUUACACAAAAAUACAAGAACCACGUGUCACAAUCAGUAUGUCAAAAAGCACUUUACAGAAUAAAUGAAACCCAUGUGAAUUCAUGGUGACCUGUAUGUAGCUUUGAUUUAAUAACUGCAACAUUUUUGAUAUCAAAAAAGUUCAUCAGGACUCAUGUGUACACAUAUAUUGUAUAAGAUUCUGGAGCAUGUAAGCUGCCAGGGAUGCAUUGUUUUAGUUGCUGGAAGCCAUCCGUCCUGUGCUGUUUGUGUGGAGCCAUCAGUCAUCCAGGUUUAUAAUAAACUUUUGCUGUUUGUAUUGUA